AAGAAUAAUUGAAGAAAAAGGGAUGACUAGGAACGAAGAGAGGAGAGAGCAGUUGUAGUCUCUCUCUGGCCAGAGAAGAGAGGGCUAAGACUGAAAAAGAGGCGCUGCCUGUAACCGUCGCGCCAAGCUUUCUCCACCGAACUUCGCCUUCAGCUUCCGCCUUCUUUCAUGGAGCAGUACGAGAAGGUGGAGAAGAUAGGUGAGGGAACAUACGGUGUCGUUUACAAGGCUCGUGACCGCGUCACCAACGAGACCAUCGCCUUGAAGAAGAUUCGUCUCGAGCAGGAAGAUGAGGGCGUUCCUAGCACCGCCAUUCGAGAGAUUUCCCUCUUGAAAGAAAUGCAGCACAGAAACAUAGUUAGGUUGCAGGAUGUAGUGCACAGUGAGAAGCGAUUGUAUUUGGUUUUUGAGUACCUUGACUUAGAUCUAAAGAAGCAUAUGGAUUCAUCCCCAGAAUUCGCAAAAGAUCCACGACAAGUAAAAGUGUUUCUUUAUCAAAUUCUCUGUGGCAUUGCUUACUGUCAUUCGCACAGAGUUCUUCAUCGUGACUUGAAACCUCAGAAUUUGUUGAUAGACCGAAGCAGUAAUGCUCUAAAGCUUGCAGAUUUUGGACUGGCCAGGGCAUUUGGAAUUCCUGUUAGGACUUUUACACAUGAGGUGGUGACACUCUGGUAUAGAGCUCCAGAAAUUUUGCUUGGAUCUCAUCAUUAUUCUACUCCAGUGGAUGUUUGGUCAGUGGGAUGUAUCUUUGCAGAGAUGGUAAACCAGCGACCUUUGUUCCCUGGGGACUCUGAAAUUGAUGAAUUAUUUAAAAUAUUCAGAAUCUUGGGCACACCAAAUGAAGAUACGUGGCCUGGAGUAACUUCGCUGCCUGAUUUUAAAUCAGCCUUUCCCAAGUGGGCACCUAAGGACCUUGCAACUGUGGUUCCAACUCUUGAGCCAGCUGGGCUUGAUCUUCUUUCUAGUAUGCUUCGCUUGGAUCCCAGCAAAAGAAUUACUGCCAGGAGCGCUCUUGAGCAUGAAUACUUCAAAGACAUUAAAUUAGUGCCCUGAUCUCUUAUCUUAACCGCACAAAAGUGUCUAUAGUAAUGUGUGUAGCUUUUAUGGGUUUUGACUGUCAGAAAAUUGUGUACUAUCCUUGUUUUCUUUAAUGCUUUCGACCAAGCAAUAUUUCAUUUAUUUGUUUUUACAGAUAUACUUGUAGAUUAGGAUUGGGUGUGAUUAUGUUACUAUCUAUUACCCGUUUCAUGUUUUAUUUCUCAGUGCAAUGCACCAGGCAAAUUCGGUUUGCUUGGAGUGUUAUAUACAGUACUGAAUGCUUCUUGUAGAGCAAAUGGAUAUUCCUACUGGCGUGGAGCAUGUAAAUUUGACAUGUAUACUCCUGUUAGAUGCUCUUCUCUGCA